ACAGCCGGUGCCACGUGUCACCUGUUGUCACCUCCCCGCUGUCACCCGCCAGGUUUGGAUCAUUUACGGUGACGGCUCGCUGGGUUACAGCCUCGUGGAGUUCGACACCUUCGUGCGGCACAAGACUCCUGUCAUCGCUCUGGUGGGCAACGAUGCGUGCUGGAGUCAGAUUGCCAGGGAGCAGGUGGCCAUGCUGGGCAGCAACGUGGCGUGCGGCCUCGAGUUCGUGGGUGAGCGCUGUCCCCGCUGUCCCCGCUGUCCCCCCUCAUCUGGGGACACUCGGUGGCACUGUGUCACCGGGGAGUGGGUUGGGCUCUGCCUGGUGGCACCGUGGUGCCUUGCAUCGGGCCGUGCCUGGUGGCACUGCGCCACGGCUGCUGUCCCCAUGUCACCCUGGGGCACUCAGUCAUUUUGGUGGCACUGUUGUCACCUCCCCUUGUGCCACAUCUGCUGUCCCCAAGGCACCCUGGGGCACUCAGCCAUGCUUGGUGGCACCGUGUCACUUCGUGCCACGUCUGCUGUCCCCAUGUCACCCUAGGGACCAGGCCAUGCUUGGUAGCACUGUGUCACCUCACAUUGUGCCAUAUCUGCUGUCCCCGUGUCACCCUAGGGACCAGGCCAUGCCUGGUGGCACUGUUGUCACCUCACAUUGUGCCACAUCUGCUGUCCCCAAGGCACCUUGGGGCACUGAGCCAUGCUUGGUGGCACUGUGUCACCUCACCUUGUGCCAUGUCUGCUGUCCCCAUGUCACCCUGGGGCACUCAGCCAUUUUGGUGGCACCGUGUCACCUCACUUCGUGCCAUGCCUGCUGUCCCCAUGUCACCCUAAGGACCAGGCCAUGCCUGGUGGCACCGUGUCACCUCACCUUGUGCCAUGCCUGCUGUCCCCAUGUCACCCUAAGGACCAGGCCAUGCCUGGUGGCACUGUGUCACCUCACCUUGUGCCACGCCUGCUGUCCCCACGUCCCCUUGGUUCAGGCUGUGCCAGGUGACGCCGCCACCUCGGGGGGGUUUCCAUCCCCACACCCCCAUCUCCGAGGUCACCCCACACCGACCCACAUCCCCCAACCCCCCGCCCCCCUCUGUAUCGAAG